AUGGAAACACGGAUGCGCUACGAUGCUGCUGCUUGGGAGACAAGCGACAGAGUAGCCGAUGCCUGGGCCCUCUACAUCCUCAACCAAGACAUUUUCCAGGACAUUGGGAACUUCCUUCUCAAACAUCACCAUGCGACUGAUCCUGUCGAGUUUACGAUCCUAGAGACAGGCGCUUUCAACACUGCUCUGCAGAUGAAUUUUGAAAGAACCCGCGCCGCGAUCAUACGGUUUCCAUUGCCUGGUGCUAUCAUGUUCCCUGAAGAGAAAGUCCGCAAUGAAGUCUCAACGAUGCGAUUCAUCGCGGAUAAAACCACGAUUCCAAUUCCGUUCAUUAUUCACUCCGGAGGGAAAAAAGACAGUCCUUCAGAAUUGGGUCCCUUCAUCAUCAUGGAGUAUAUCGAUCAUCAUGCAAAUAUGAUUGAUAUUCUCAAAAAGCCAGGACGUCCGACUAAAGAACGUGUGACACUCGAUCCGGACAUCAUCCGGGCUAAAUUGAAGACUCUUUAUAAAGAGCUGCCAAAGGUCCUUGUUUCAUUGUCUAGGCUGUCCCAGGAUAAGAUCGGCUCAUUCUGUCAGGCCGAUGACUUUACUUGGGAGGUGGCAUGCCGAUCUCUGUCUCUACAUAUGAAUGAACUUGUCCGGUUAGGGACUCUCCCACAGUCAAAACUACCAGCUACCACAUUCGAUACUGCGUCUUCGUACUUUGAAGCCCUGGCUGAGCUACAUGUCUCUCAUCUCACGAGCCAAAGAAACGAUGCUGUUCACUCAAUUGAAGACUGUCAGCGCAAAUUUGUUGCCAGAUUUCUCUUCCGGAAGCUCAUUCGAGAUCCCCACCUCAAAGCACAAUGGAUCUCUUUUGUGAACGGACCAUUUCCAAUCUGGUGUGACGACUUUCGGCCGGGAAAUGUCUUGGUAGAUAUCGACCUGAAUAUUACUGGGGUUGUGGACUGGGAGUUCACAUACACCGCACCCGUCGAAUUCACUCAUGCGCCGCCUUGGUGGCUGCUUCUUGAGAAACCAGAAUAUUGGUCUCGAGGUCUUGAUGACUGGUGUAUAGAGUAUGAGAAACGACUGCAGAUCUACCUCGAGGCGAUGGUGGAACAUGAAGAAGAUGUAAUCCGGAAGGGACAGCUAGCAGAAAGCAAGCGUCUAUCCAGUGCAAUGCGACGGAGUUGGGAAACUGGGGACUUUUGGAUCAUGUAUGCUGCCAGAAACAAUUUUGCCUUUGACGCGAUCUAUUGGCAAAAGAUCGACAGGCGAUUCUUUGGUUCUACUGCCUGUGAAGGUGUCGAUGUUUGCGACAUUUGGAAGGGUAGACUGCAUCUUCUGGAGCCUGAAGAGCAAAAGUUCAUGCAGGAGCAUGUAGAUACGAAAAUCCAGGAGAUGAAAGCAGGCCAGGUCCUAGCAUGGGACCCUGAUGAGUAUACCUUGGAAUACAUGGAAUGCAUGGAGAGAACGAAUGAGCCGUCUUAA